AUGCCCAACGAAUGCAAAGGCUUAGUGCCGGACCUCAUGUGGCUGUCGGGUCUGACAUUCCAGAACGGCAUGCUCAUCGGCGAGGCUGCGGUUCGGCUAGUUCAGAUUAUGCGUGAAAAGAAGAAGGCACAAGAGGCUUUACCGCAAGGGAAGGAUUUGGAAUCGGCCACACUGCGGGCGAAGAUGAUCGAAGAAAUGGAGUUGAAAGAAUUCAGAAGUCGAGAAGCUCAGAUUGACAGGAUCAACGUUUGA